AGAUAAUCGCCAAAUGAGCAUUAUUUUCAAGCUCUAGAUGAAUUGAUACAUUAAUGUGAUAAUAUGGGUAAAGAUGGAUAAUGUAUAAUAAUCUUUCUCAGAAGAUCAUAAACUCAAUUUGUUAUAUUACAUCUGGAUUAGAUAUUCAAAAACAUAACUUUUGGAUACUGAAAUAAAAUAUGAACGAGAAUUCUCAAUAAAAAAAUUCAAUCAUCCAAUUCUAAGGAUUACUUUACUUUCCUCAUGGAUUCUAUUUGGGGAUUGCCCAACUACCUUACAUACAGGCUUAUGAAGAGAUAUUUAAUGGGAAAGCAUAAGAAGAUGUAAAAUAGGAGGUUAAAGAGGAGUAUGAUUCAGAAUCUGUUAAAAGGGAGCCUGAAUCAUAAUCUAUUAAAGAUACUUGUAAAAAAAUAAGUAAAUUCAGUCCUUAUAUAUGGCCUGGAGAGACUAAGAACUACUAUAAAAAUAUUGGGAAAAAACUAUCGUCAUUCAUUACAAAUAGUUUUGACUAGCCUUAUGUUAAAUAAGACCCCUUUGUCAUCUAAUUUGUGAAAAUUCAAGGUUAAAACUACAGCAGAAUUCACUUUGAAAAGCUAUUUACCUCACAAAUUGCUCGAAAAAUUGCAACAUAAUUUUUUGGUAAUUAUCAAUGGUGUUCCCAAUUUAUUUAAUAGAAUAAAACUGAACUUGGAUUGUACUUAAGACAUAAUAAGCAUAUGUAUAAGAGGAAAAGCUCGACAAAAAAAUGAAAAGC